AUGGUCGCUUUUUCUUCCACGUCGACGAGUUCUUCGACGAAUUAUCCAUCGAGUAUUCAUCAUCAUCGAGGGAGACGAAGAGGGAGAAGGAGGUACCAAAAGAACUCCCUUUAUUACGACGAGAACAAGAGCGACACUUUCGCGAGGAAGAGCAAAGGGAACGAUUCAGACGACGCGAGAGUAAACGACGACGAGGAGGAGGAAUCUGACGACGGAAAUGGAAAAAAUCAAUUUAACAUUUUCCGUCCGUCGUCCUCUUCGGACGAAACCGUCGUCGGCGCGGAAGGGGUCCCUCAGUUCAUCAUCGAAGCCGAGCGCAAAUCGGUCCCACUCCGUCGCCCACGGUUAGCCACGUACGCGAUUUCCUCGUCCGUGGCGGCGGCGCAGUUGGUGUACAUCUUGCAGCAAUCGUCGAGUUUGGAAAACCCAAUCUUAGCGGCGGCGAGCGACGUGUGCGUGAUGAUCGUGGGGAGUUUACUGUGGAGAGAAGAGCUGAGAGGACGAGCGAAACGAUUGAAACGGAUAUGGAAAGAGGCGAAAGAGAGAGAGACGGCGAUGACGAGAGCGGAGCAAGGGUUAGGGGAGACCGUCUGGACGGCCAGGAUGAGGAACGUGAAUAAGAAAGGAGGUGGAGGAGGAACCGCCGCCGGGGAAAGUAACACGAACAACAUGAACAACAACAACAUCGACGCGAGUACGAGUAGCAGUAGCAACGGUAGCAGUAGGAGCAACAGCAAUAACGAGACCACGACAAAGAGUACGGAAAAGGGUAACGAAAAAGAGUACUACCCGACUGGCGUUACCGUCUCGGAACUGAAACAGAGCGACAAACAGCGUCGAGUGGUUGAAGUGAACGGUAAGAAAGUCUUGUUACAAUAUUUCAUGGACGAGUUGUAUUGCGUCUCGAACAAGUGCCCGCAUUUAGGUAUUUCGAUGCAAGGGAAGACGGCUUUAUUGAGCGCUGGAUUGGAAGCGCCGAAGAGAGAAGGGUCGAAAGCGCCGUGCAUCGUGUGUCCCGCGCAUCAGACGGCGUUCGAUAUGGAGAGCGGAGAGGUAGAAGGGGAGUGGUGUCCGAAAUUGAUUGGAAAAGGCGUGCCGAUUUUGGGGAAGGCGUUGGAAAAAGAGAGGAAACCGAUCGAAGUGUUCAAGACGCGAGUAGAGGAAAUGACCGGGAGCAUAUUAGUCGCCGUGCCGUAA